AUGCGUUUGCCUAUUGGCUUUGUGUCUCCUCUUAGUUGUGCUGCAGCAAGACAUCUGCCGCAGCAGCAGCAGCAGCAGCAGCAGCAGCAGGAGCAUGGGACAGCAGCAGCAGCACUUCGUCUCCCUGGAGGGCCCCCCCAGGGCCCCCCAUUGCUGCCAAGUACUCCUCGGCGUCAGCAGCAGCAGCAGCAGCAGCAGCAGCAGCAGUACGAUACACUAGAUUGUAUGUAUCGUUGGGUACAGCAGCAAGUGCAGCAGCAGGAGCAAGCCCCACCUGAUGAUGGUUUGCUGCAGCAGCUAAUGCAUGCAAGCAACAAGAAGGAUUAUGUUGCUGCAUUAAGGAACAUAAGCAGCAGCAAAUAUCUUAAUUAUUUGCUGCGCCCUGUGCUGCCAUUAGAUCUACGUCCUUGGUUGCUGCAUCUGCUGCAGCAGCAGCAGCAACAGCUAGCAGAAAUUGAGCAGCAAAUGCAGCAGCAGCAGCAGCUACUUAGACAACUGCAGCAGCAACAUCUGCAGCAGCAAAGACGAAGAUUAUUCAUACAACCCCACCAAAUAAACACAGAAACUACAGAUGCAGCAGCAGCAGCAGACAGCAGCAGCAGCAGCAGCAGCAGCAGCAGCAGCAAUAUAGAUCUGCUGCAGCAGCAACUGCAGCAAACAAGAGAUAAAAGAGUUGCAUGCAUGCAGCAGCUACAGUACCUAAAGGAGAGAAUAUUUUCCUUAGAUCUAGCGAUGCAGCAGCGGCAGCCGCCGCCGCUGCUGCUGCAGCUAAUAGAAGCAGCAGCAGCAAAUGCGCAGCAGCAACCUUAUGCAGGUACAGGUCCUGCUGCAGCAGCAUUAGCAGCAAAAGCAGCAGCAACAGGUGCAGCAACAGCAGCAGCAGCAGAUCCUCUUACUAGUACUAUAACAGCAACAGAUGCAGCAGAUUUCCCUGUUACUGUCCCUGCUGCUGCUGUGUCUCCGCAGCAGCAGCAGCAGCUGCUGCGCUACUGUAUAGUACCUGAUUGGCUACUAGGUAAGGGACUGGGUGCAUGCGCAAGGCCUAUAGGGUUAGGUACAGCGCAGCAGAGGCAGCAGCAGCAGCUGCAGCAGCAGCAGCAGCAGGAGCUAGCAGCACUUACUGCAGCAGGAUGGUCAUUUGAUUUCCCCCAGCAGCAGCAGCAGCAGCUACCUAACGAAGACGCAGCAGCAGCAGCAGCAAGAAGAAUGCAUGCAGCAACUGUUCGUGCCUUUGGGGCUAUUGAUCCUAAUGAGUCUCCUCUUGAAUUUAAGCACCGCAUGCAGCAGCUGCUGCUGCAGCAGCAGCAGCAGCAACAGCAACAGCAGCAGCAGCAGCAGCAGCCGCCAUUCAUGUACCAGCUCAGGCAGCAGCAGCAGCAACAGCAGCAGCAGCAGCGGGGACUAUUUAACGAGGAAGAUGAAUACAAAAAAGAGCAGCAAGAGCAGCAAGAACAAUUAGAGUAUUUACGUCAGCAGCAGCAGCAGCAACCACCAUUAUAUUCUGCUGCUGGUGUUGCUGCUGCUGCUCUGCAGCUGCAGCAGGAAGCAGCAAAGUUGCUGCUGCCCCCCUCGCUGCAGCAAAUCAUCAAUCGUUAUGCACAUUAUAAUCUUAAUAAUAUUAAUAUUAAGGGAUCUAUACAAGAAAAUGUUGAUCUGGUACAAAGAGCAGCAGGAGAUAUGCAUGCAUAUUUUAAUCGUUUAUUAUCUGCUGCUUCUGGUGCAUUAGCGCAGCAGCAGCAGCAGGAGGAGGAGCAGCAGAGAUCUAAUCAGACAGCAGAGGAGCAGCAGGAAGGUUUUCGGGUGUAUAGGCAGCAAGGAGGCAGCGAGGUGUCUCCUGUGCAGCAGUACCUAGCAGCAGCAAAUAAGGAGAUAAGGCAGCAGGAGCAGCAGCAAGAGCAGCAAAGUUUACAUACUGCUGUUGCUAUGGCAAGAAAACGUAUAGAGGAGAUCUAUGCACAUCGUAACAACAGCAGCAGCAGCAGCAGCAGCAGCAGCAGCAGCAGCAGCAGCAGCAGCAGCAAGAAAAAAAGGAGACUGCAGCAGGAGCUAAAGGAGGAGCAGCAAGCUAUAUUGGAGGCAAUAGAGAGGGCACGAGCUCUGCAUAUAACAGAGAGAUAUCUAAAUCUGCUGCAUGCAGCAGGAGAAGACAUAGAGGAGGAUAAUAGUCUCCUAUACCCAGAGCAGCAGCAGCAGCAGCAGCAGCAGCAACAGGAAGAGCAGCAGGAGCAAGAAGGGGAAGGAUUUGCAUUGGAUGAGCAGCAAGAACGAAUGCAGCAGCAACAGCAACAACAGCAGCAGCAGCAGCAGCAGCAGCAGAUCUACCCACUGACCUAUCACCAGGAGCAGCAACAACAGCAGCAACAACACGAGCAUCUGCAGCAGCAGCAGAAGCAGCAGCAGCAGCAGCAGCAGCUGCUGCAGCAGGACUAUGAGGAUGACUACGAAGGAGCAAGACUAAAAGAAAGAGAAGAAAAAGUAUUUACUAUAAUAAAUAAAAUAAAUAAAAAAUUAAUAAAAAGAGCAGCAGAUACAUUUGGUGCAGCAGCAGCAGCAGGAUAUAUAGAUAGAGAAGCAGCAAAUGAAUCAAGAGAAGCAACAGCAACUGCAGCAGCAGCAGCAGCAGCAAAUAAAGGUAUACAUCUAUAUCCAGGUAUGCUAGUUAAGGGGGAAGUAAUAAAUGUUAUGCAGCAGCAAGCAAUUAUAGAUAUAGGUAUAGGUAUAGAUUGUCUCCUUUCUUAUGAUGAUGUAGUACUACCUCAUGAGGAAUUAUACCCGCAGCAGCAGCUGCAGCAGCAGCAGCAACAGCAGCAGAUGCAUGCGCCGCAACAAGAGAUAUAUAAUGAUACCAUACAACCCCAGCAGCAGCAGCAGCAGCAGCAACAGCAGCAGCAGCAGCAGCAGCAAUAUACCCAUCAAGAUAAACAUCUCCAGCAACUGCAGCAGAAGCAGCAGCAGCAGCAACAUAAGCAGCAACAGCAACAGCAGCAACAGCAGCAGCAACAGCAACAAUAUAAGAAUAAAGGAUUAAUGAAUAUAUUAAGAAAAGGAGACAAAAUAAAUUGUGGCUUAGUGGUGAAGGUAUUAGGUAUACCUGGUUUCCUUCCUGCAUCUCAUACAGGAGCAAGUCGUGGCUUGCUGCAUGUAUCGGAGAUAUCAGGUGUCUCCGUUGAUCCAAAGGAUGUAUUCAAAUUAGGAGACACUAUUACUUGUAUUGUUAAAAGUUAUAACCCU